AUGCUCCGUGCGCCUCCUCCACAGCGACCCUCCAGUCUCAGGUCCGUGAUGACGCGUCCUGUUGGCUCCGCCCACAGCCAUGCCCCGUUUGCUCACGCCAGGCAUGGGAAGCCAGGCCGCACCAACGGUUGUAAACGGGAGCCGUUGAUGAGAUCUGCUGAUGUGAUCAAUUCUCACUCAACGGGAACAAGAAACACUACGAUGCAUGGGACAUCUGGAGAUGAGCAGGACCUUCAGGACAGGUUGUGUGUGGAGGCUCAGGCAGAGUUCCCCAGGUCGUACUCAGAGAACAGUGCAGAGGAGGAGCACGUGCUGUUCAUCGCACAGAGCUUCCAGAGACACUUCAGACUGGUCUACCCCGACAGGAAACCUCUGCUGCUCUGCCCCAGAAACGAGUGCGGUGUCAAAAAGUUGGUGACCACGACGCUGCGCCCCACCAUGCCUGGGCUGGCCGACCUCAUCGUGUGGCAGGACUGUGCUCGCUUUGUUUCAGACUUCUUGACCCUGCAGCCGCUGGACGAGCCCACAGAGCUGCCCAGCACCCUGCGCUCUCCUCAGACGGUCUUGAACAGCCAGAGAGGCACCAGUCUGGAGUAUGCCAAUGUCUUGUGCAGUCUGUUGCUGGGACUCAACUACAACGCCUACUGCGUGAGCGGCUAUGCCUCCAAACAUCUGUGUGAACUGGACAGGAGCCAGGAGAGCUGCCCCAUGCUGGGGCAACUAAACCAGAAACAUGUCCCGGAGCCUCGGGACCCUGAUAAGAAUCUUGUGGACAAUGGGGACACAUACAACCUGAAGAUGGAGAUGAAACUCCACAGUGAUUUUAUUCUAAAACAAGAAAACAAGAAACUGGAACAGCAGCAGCAGCAUGAAGAGCCACGCAGUGAGCCUGAUCCUGCUCCACCCCCUGACCCACUGUGGGGGUUGAGAGUUCACUUCUGGGUGCUGGUGGUGGCGGGCAGUCACAGUGUAGAGAGGGAUUUCUUCAUCGAUCCUUUGAGUGGAAAGCAAUUCCCAGCGGGACACCCUGACUUCCUGGGAGUGGAGAGCGUGUGGAAUGAGUUCAAUGUGUACAUCAACAUGGAGAUCUGGGCUAAAGGAUUCCAGCACAUGGUUUGGGACCCGGAGGAUCAGAGCCAGUGGCAAACUGUGGUUCCAGGCACUACCUCUUGGAAGCAGCUGCAGACUGAGGCCGUCAGAAGACAGGUCAUGACAAAGAUGAGCCAGCCAGACAAGGAUACAGUCCCUCUGUAUAGCUACGACAUGCCCCUGUCCUGGUGCACCAAGAUCCAGAUCACUGACAGAGACCUAGAGAUGCGCUGGCCAGGAGGAUUCAAAGUGACUCACUUCAAACAGGCUAUGCUAGAGAACUUCAUCCCCUUCUUCUGCCCGGACGGAGUGGUGACCCGCCUCACGCUGUACCAGGACCCUAAGAAGACACAGGUCCAGACCGUGAAGGAGUGGUUUCAGAACCGAGUGGACCUGCUGAUGGAGACAGAGACUCGAGAGGGCAUCACCACAGAGCGUUUCAAACUGGGUCGCUCUGGUUUUCUCACCUUCCACAGGUUCAACACAUGGCUUCCUGAUGCCUGCCCAGUCCCCCCUGACCCCGGUGUGAUUCCAGAGAGAGAGAUGUGUUUCGGGCCGUACCGUAUAGACCGGCUGGUGCACAGACUGGAGCGGGGAAACCAUAUGAUUGAGACCUUCAAAAAGCGCAGAGACUUCCUGUAUCAACGCCACACUGUGUUUGAUGGAACGAGGUCCAGUAACGCGGACAACUGGGUAGAACAGCGGCCCAUUUUGAAAGUGGUGGAAAAGUUUGACCGAGAUGUGUCCAAACCUGCGAGUGAGGACAUAGCUGAGCUUGCGUUCCAUUUGGCUGAAAGGCGCGUGGAGGUGACCUACCACCUGGAAGAGAACACCUUCAUCGCAGCCAAGAGGACCUUUGACAAACCUGCAGAGUCCACCAAGACACAGAAGGCUGGGGACUUCACCAAGGACAUGGUCUCCACAUUCCAGGUGGAUCCUCGGGUCGAGCCGCUCCAAAUGCCCCAGCUACACCAGCUCCUGCUCUGGCUCUUGGAGGAGGAGCAGAAAACCAUCCGAGACAUUCGGAACUCACAGAGAUCUGUGAGGGCCAUGGUGCAGUGCAGACUGAAGGAGCAGGAGGACGUCCGGCUGGAGGCGUGUCCAUGGACCACCACAGGGACCACUCAGUUCCGAAAGAAAAGGGAGAAGUUGAGCUUUCCACAAUUCCCCAUCCAACUACAAUAG